AUGGCUAAAAAAGGCAGUACCGUGAUAACCCUGCCUCAAAUGGUGGAUUUAGCCCUUAACUCUCCAGAGAUAGGGAUAGUUAAUUUUACAGUUUUACACUCCCUAUUGCAUGUAAUAGUACAACAGCUCGAGUUAUCGGAAUGCAGCGUCGAAUUCAGAGGUAGCGACAGCGAUAGAUUGCAGAAUUACAUAUCGACGGCAAAACCUGGACCUAUUAUAACUUUAACCGAGUACACUGUCGGUCAGGAUGGCCAAGAGAAGAAAGCGAUCAGAAAAAAGCGUAAGCAAUACGAACAAAAUCGUGAUAAAAGCGUGUUAAGAAUUGUUGUAGGUAUGGCCGACGAGAAGGGACAGGCCGAUGCAGCUCAGUCGGAGAAAGAUUCCAAGUCCUUGCAGACCGUUGUGGUCGUGGAACAAAGUUCAAAGGUGGAUCAGACGGAGUCGCCGCAUUUUUCUGUGGCUGUAACGCAGGACCACUACGACCACCUCAUGGGUGAUAUAGAUGAACUAAAAGAAAAGGUGCUUGAGCUCUCGGAGUUACCUGCAAAUAUAGGCCUUGUGGAAGCCUUGAGAGCCGCUGGAAAAGACAAACCUUCACCUGUACUGGAUAUGUUUCACAUAUUAACCUUAAACAAACGCAUGGACGCUGCUGAGCAAGGCAUGGAGAAAUUAGGAACCAUUAUAGAAGAUCUAGCGAAGGAAGCUAAAGGGGAAGGACCUCUAGUGCAUGCUACAGCCACUGUAGACCCGGAGGCUCUAAAGGGCUUGGAAGAGAGAAUAACUAAUCUUGAAAACGUCAUAGGUGAUGGUAACAUUAUUAUCAACCAACCAAGUGAACCCGGUGAAGAGCAACCGGCGGAUACUGAACCUUCCCUGCUGAAACAAUCGAUCGGCAGUGGAAUAGAUCUUCUAGGCAUAAAACUCUCGGAAACUCCCAUAGCGGAGGCCAUGGACAUAAUACAGUCGGAGUUGCAAAGGCUUAGAAGGAUUUGCGGGAGCGAGUUCAUGCAAACCAUAAAAGACCUGGAGGCGUUGAAGAAUGCCAUGAAUUCCGAUGAUGCUCCCCCAGAAGUAAGGAUAACCCAGGUUGAGAUACAGUUAAACGCUGUCUUGGAGCAGAUUGCUUCACUGGAUACCAUGUACAAUAACCAGAUAGCUAUACUAAACGAAAAGGUGAUGUCUGGAGGUGAAGAUAAGGUUGACAGGAACGAACAAGCCGAGGUGGAGAUAUACAAUAAGCUAACAGCUUUGAACGAUGAGAUCCAUAAUGUUGAAGACACGGUGCAAAAACUCUGGGAGGAAAGGGAAGGUCGCCAGGCUCUCCUAGACGUAAUCGAAGAAACCCUCGACAUACUAAAACUACAAAAAUGCGACAAAGAAGACGUAGAGGAAGCUCUGGCCGACAAAGCCGACGUCUGCCUGGUCAACAGAAAAGUCUCCAACGACAUUUUCGACGAGGUUAUCGAGAAAAUAAACGAAAAAAUCGACGAUAUAUACGAGAAACUGGCCAUACAGAACGAGCUGUGGACCGCGCAAGCCACAGAGUUCGCUGAAGAGCUCAAAAACAAAACCAACAACUGGGAGCUGCAAGAGUUGAGAGCCUACAUAGACGAAAAUCUGAGCAUUCUGAGCGCUAAGAUUCAGAAGUUGGCCGAAAUGAAGGACGAUAUAGAGGCGGCUGGCGCGAAGAGUAAAUUCCUGAGGAACGUUAACUGCAUUUCGUGUGAUACCAAGGUUGUUAUGCGUAAAGAAUUCGACCCCAGCGCAUUUCCCAAGUCUAGCGGAAUGCCUAAUCCCGGGAAAAGUAUGGGGCCAUAUUUGGCCUAUGAAUUGGAUCAGAUGAGGAAGUCGCAAAAAUGUUUUGGCGAUAAGAACAAACAAAAAUUGCUUCAACAAACCAUAACCACCGGGAGGAGUGAUAAAUCUGAAGAUCAAUUUUGCAAUCGCUACUGUGGAGGUAGCCACACGACAACUACACCAAUGCAAAGAGUCACCAGAGGUGGUCAUUUCCUCGAGCAGUGGGGACCUGAAAUAUCGCCAGUGGUUGAUGAAACCAUCCGGGGAACUGACGGAAAGAUGUACAAGGGUCGCGAUGACGCCAAAUUAAAGACCCUUUUAAACCAACCCAAAGAGAAACCUGUUGAAGUCAAAAAAGAAGACUCUGGGGAGAACAAAGCUAGCACCCUAGGCAAUCUUGUAGCAAUCGCUGAAGCCGAGAGAGCUUCGGUAACGUCUGCACCUACGGAAGCACAGCGAAGCAAACAAUCUUUAGCAAGGCAAUCCAAAGGCUCUGAAAGAAAGUCAGCGGGUUCCAAACAAUCCAUCAAAGAUGCACCUGCAGAACCUGAACCUCAACUAGAUCAAGCCCCCCCUCAAGAAGUUGAGUUAACUAGCACCAUACCUGAUGAAGCUCCACCCGCUGAAGUUGAAGCACCCCCGGAAGCUGCAGCACCUGUUGAAGCCGAAGCUCCUUCAGAACCUGCAACAGAAGAAAAUGAGCAAUAA